UGUGGCCAUAUUACAGGAAGUAGCAUCUGUUGAUAGCUGCUAUGCUAACCUACCUAGCUGCUCGUUCUGUUUUACUGUGUUGCCAGUUUAUCGAGUGAACGACGCGGCUAGCUGGUUACCAGUUCACCCAGUGGAGGACCAUAGCGCUGCUGUGAACGUAAUGACUCACCCAUAUUUAGAGGUCAGGUGGUAUUCUUAGCAUUAGCCUGUGUGCCAAGCCAAAGUCCGACAGGCAGACAUGGAGACUCGGGGGAUUGAGGACAUGUUUGACUUUCGUCGGUUUCCCAAAGAUGCCGUGGCUCUCCUCCUGUUGCUCAUCUACUCCCCAGUCGGCAUUUGUUUGAUGCUGAUGCGGAUUUUUAUCGGCGUUCACGUUUUCCUGGUCAGCUGCGCAAUCCCAGAUAGCUUUGUGCGGAGGUUUGUCGUCAGGGUUAUGUGCUCGGUCCUCGGGAUGCACGUGCGACAGAGAAAUCCUCGCUCCCGGGAUAAAAACACCAAGCUCUACGUAUGCAAUCAUGUGACAGAGUUUGACCACAAUAUCAUCAACCUCCUGACCCCCUUCAAUACUCCCCAGCUGGAGGGCUCCACGGGCUUCAUGUGCUGGGCCCGGGGCUUCAUGGAGAUCCACUCGGCCUCCAGCCAGGAGGCGGUAGGAGAGUCUCUACAGAGGUACUGCUCCGCUGACGGCGCCCCGCCUUUACUCGUCUUUCCUGAAGAAGACACCACCAACGGCCGCGUUGGUCUGCUCAAGUUCAGCUCGUGGCCUUUCACACUGACUGACUCUAUCCAACCUGUGGCCUUACGGGUGUCCAGACCUCUGCUUUCUCUGAGCACGGUAGAGUCCAGCUGGCUAACAGACCUCRUGUGGACAUUUUUCUCUCCAUGUACAGUGUAUCAUGUAAGUUGGCUCCCACCGGUUUCCAGACAAGACGGCGAAUCUACGCAGGAGUUUGCCAACAAAGUCCAGGAGCUUCUYGCUAUCGAACUGGGGCUGGUCUCCACCAAGAUUACUAAAGCUGAUAAAGCAGAGCACAUUAAGAGGAAAAGACAUUCAGUACCACAAACGACUACAAGUGCCACACCUGGCUCCAUCGGGCUGGGCUUCAUGGCCCAGAGUCUGGGCUCAGAUGACCACCGCAUCGCUAAAAUGGCCCAGCAGGUGAAGGAUGUGCUGCCACACGUCCCAAUCAGUGUCAUUACAAGGGAUUUAGCUAAAACCAACUGUGUUGACACCACGAUAACAAACCUGCUAGAGAACAGAGAGGAAGCGUCGAUGGAAGCUACUGGGACGUCGGCAUACGGAGCCUCCAGGAUCAGCUCCUUCCCUUCUGGAUCCUCUCCUGCCAUAAAGCCUGCUGCCAAAACGUUUGGGAGAUCGCCAGCUGACAGACACAUGUCUCUCCAGCAAAGAAAAGAGGCGUUGUAUAAUUACGCGAGAAGACGUUACAUCGAGAAGCACGGACUGGACCCGGAAGACAGCCACUGAACAAAACAUCGGAUCUUUGGAAACUGGUCGGAGUGAGGCAUCUUCAAGCUGUCCUGCUGUCUACUUUUGAAAAGUGAUUUUUAUUUUCUAUCAACCCUGUCGAGCUGGAAAAAAAACAACAAAAAACUGGUUUUGUUAUCCGCAAAUAAUGGCAACAAAGUAUUCAGAACAUGUAUACAUUCAUUGAAUGGUGAUUUUAUGCAUGUGUUUAAUUCUCCAUCCUGGCCGAGACAUAAUUUUGAUAACGGUUUGUAUAACAAUCCACUGACUGUAAAUCAUCUAUUUAUUUUUAUAAUGUCAGAGUUGUCGAUGAAAAUAAAGUUCAGCUUGACCUUGC